AUUCAGCGCGCGAUCCGAUGCGCAGAAUGAAUAAUGUUUUGGGUUUUCGACAUUCUUUGGUUUUACCUUGUCUCAGUUCGAUGGUUUCCAUAAGAUUUGCGUGAUUUCAUGGAAAAUUAUCAUCAGAAAUAUUCCGCAAUUGGAUCAACAACUUGUGAUGAUUUAUGACACUGCUGCAUGACAUGAGCAGUCAAGCUAGGCUGGCAAUGAACCAUGGUUCCUUAAAAUUUCAGUCCUUUAUUGGUAAUGGGACGAUCAAUUUGACCCAAGAUUGUAGUUUAAUUCAAAAGGAAAGUGAAUCCGAUUUUUACUUAUCACCGUUACCUUCAUCCUUGACUAAUGAAAAUCCAAGCCACAACAAUAAUAAUAAUUCUAUUCCAGGGAUGCAGGAAAUCUUUGAUAAGUUAGCAUCACGUCCGCAUCCAUCUCCGAUUUUGGCUGCUACAUUAACGAAAUUUGGUAAUCAGGUUGAUGGUUGUCAAGAGCUAGUUACCAACAAAAGUGUUUCUAACUCAAGUGUUUCACCUGGUCACAACAGUUCUGACAUACAUAAGAAGUCACGAUUUUACUUAAAACCAUCACAAGUGGAAACUUCCUCUUCUUCGUUUAUUGAUUUUAAUGAUUUUCCAUCAAGUCCCAUAUCCGGUGCAUUUGCUGACUUUCAGUCACUGAGAUAUGUCCCAUUAAGCCUAGACUGUUCAUCUUCAGCAAGUAUUUCACUAUCAACAGCUAAUUCAGUACUUGAUCAGUGCGUUGACGAGAGUGAUUGUUUGCCUGUUUACAGUAAUUGUCCUCCUAAUCUUGAUGAAGAAGAAACUGAUUUGGUCCCUAGUGAACUCGUCCAAUUUGUCAGCGAAUCUACUCGUCAGAUACCAAGUGAUUUAGUUGAUGUUGUCUCCGCAGGAGAUUCAGAUAUUGAAGAUUUAGAUCAUGAAGCCCGUUUAGCCUCCUUGUGUAUACCUAUUCUUCGCUCACCCUCACUGGGACAUUCUCAUUUGCUAGACAAUGCACAACCACCGACGUUAUCACCUGAGUCAUCAGGAUGCCCCCACUCACCUUUCGAUCAUAUAGAUAUUUCAUCAGAUCCCAGUUAUGAAAAAUCUUAUUUCAGUCAAACUCCUGAAUGUGUAGCCGAUGACGUGAACAGACAACACAUCCUUUCCCCGAAAUUGCAGUCAUUUACUCAUAGUACAUCUGACCAACUUAUAUCUUGCAAUAGCACCAAUGUAUUAAACAGCCGAGAUCCUUCAAUAUCAACGUCACAUAUUGAUUCUUCAGAUUUUAUUUCGAGUGACAAUACCUUUACAUACCAUUCUGACCAUCAAAAUUUAGUGGAAAAUUGUCCCAAUUCUUUAAUGCAUUCUUCUACCUCUGGACUCUCUGAAAAUGAAACAUCGCCAACUACAGCAUGCAGUCAGUACGAAGUUACUUCAUCAUACUCAACAGCUUCACUACCAAACACUAUUUAUGUAAAUCAAAUUAGAUCCUUUACUCAACAUUCAUUGCAAAACCAUUUUGUAGUCAAAGAUGUACUGAAUUCAAACGUGAACAAUGUUCCUAAUUUUCUAUGUGCUGGUAAACUAUGCAUACCAAAUUCUUCUUCAGCGGUUCUGGAUGAAAUAUACAGUGAUACAACCAAAAUUCCAUCUGUUGUAAAUUUAGUAUGUGCACCGAAUGAUAAAAGAAAGCAAAUAAUAUUUUCGUCGAAAGCAGAUCAAACUGAAGGUGUUGACUUCACUUUUGUAGAGAGCUACAAUCGAGAAACGCCGCAACAUCCCGAGCAUGUGAUGAAUACAAACAUUCAACCGAAAAUUUGUGACCCAUCACUCAUUCCGAAUAUUAGGUUUACACCCAUAAUUGGUUCGAAUUCUCAAAAUGCAUCUUUGUCGUCCUUAUCUCAGAACAUUUCAUCUAUCCCCCCGUUUGAUCAAGUAAUUUCAUCUAAUGAUAUGCAGGAGUCAAUUUGUGAAUCAAAUAAAAGUAUUAAACAAUUAAUUGUCUCGUCUGAAAUGAGGACUUCAGUCACGUUUCCUAAUGAUCAUUCACUUGCACCCAAUACUUCUAAUGUUUCGUGUCUUACAGAUAAUGGUUAUUCUGACAGUUUUACUCCACUUCGUUCCAAUGAAGGGAACUCUGUUGCUCAUAGUCCGUUUGCAAUGCCUACUCCGAAUUUUGAGGUUCCAUCUCAUCCUGUUAGCACACAGUCCACAUUCGUUGUCUCGCAUCCAAUUACUCCUGGUGUCGUUUCAGCUGCAGAGAUACAGUCAACUACUCCUAUUGUCUUAUCUCUUCAAAACAGAACAUGUGUUGAAGUUCCACAACCGCAAUUUACGAACCUGACUACCAGCUCUGGCUGUGUUCUUUUGCCGUUACAAAUUUUAAAUUCUUUACCAACUAUAAAUUCUGGUAUGUCUUUAUUGCUAAAUAUUAAGAGCGGGAAUUCUAUGCGACAAAACUCCACACCUUGUCUUCCAAACUUUACGUCGGUGAAUACAUCGUCGGAUAAGAGUCCCACUGUUACUCCCGAAACUAAUGGAACUGUUUUCCUUCUUCCAGCACCUGGAAUUGUUACAAAUCUCAAUGCAAGUGUUCCUAAUAUCCCAGUUUUACAACUCCCAUCUCAACAGCGUGUUAAUUUUUUUCCAUCUACAUUAUCCACCCCUCUUUUACCGAAUUCAAGUGCACCAAGUCUUUUUCAAAAUCCAUCUACAUUGUCAAAAAGUUUUAGUACGACUGGUGAUAUUAAACAAUCAACUCCUGUACAAUUACCUUUGGGGACACAAUUUUUUAUUCUUCGCUCAGCAUAUAAAUCAAACAUUUUGAACCCUACAUAUUUCACCUCUUCUUCUCCCUCUUCUGUAACUACAGUAAACGGAGCAUUGACUGCUCUACCUGCUUCAUCUACUGGUUUGACCGUAGUUUUAGCUAAUUCUAAUCACAAAAAUCCUUCAGAAUCAGGGAACUUAGUUUUUCUUCCAACGGCUUCAACCAAAUCAAGUAUUUUCCCAUUGUGUGCUAACCCGCUGACAUCUAAUUUUUCAACACCCUCUUCUAGAUUUGUAACAACAACAAGCACACCACUAUGGACGUCAAAUUUCAGCAGUCACGAUACUAACAGUAUGGCCAAUACUUCUGCUACAUUAAGUUCAUCUGCUGUUACUACCACUAGUUCAUCAACUAUAAGUUUUCAGCCGCCAAUAGAAAGUUUAAGUGAUACGCCUUUGUCUUUUCCACUAACUUUGCUGCCUAAUGUUCCCCAACAAACCAUGAUUUUAUCAUCUCCAUCUUGGAAUUCACUUUCUCCGAAUAACAAUAAUGUAUUUACAUCAUCACAAAGUUUCAGUACACAUGCAUUUCUUUCACCUGCAACCACAUUAUCAUCAUCUAUGUCUUCCUCUUCUUGUAUGUCAUUUGACAAUAAUUCUUUACCUUCUCCUCCUACUUCAUGUUCAAGUGGUAGUGUGGAAAUUAUUAGACCAAAUCAGUCAGUAACUUCUAGCCCAACGGUUAGUAGUUGUCUUCUCCCACCAGUUUCUGCAUUAUCCUCUGUGAAUGCCAACAGUAUUAAUAAAGACUAUACUAACAGUAAAGUAAGUGGUACGUUGACAACCCAGAGCAACCAGCCUAAUGAGGGAAAAACAAGUGUCAUAGUAUUACCCUCUGCUGAUAAAUUACUAUCUUCUCGUAAUUAUUCACAGUUCUCCAGCCUAACAACACAACAAAGUAAUGAAUUUCAAGAAGUAAAAUGUCAGCGUUUGUCUUAUUCCUGUCCUAAUACACCUUCCAUUCCAUCUACUACAGUAACUAUUUCCACUUCACCAGCAUUAUUACAAACUGUCGUAACAUCGUCUGCGACCACGAUUACUUGCUGUUCAAGACGAAGACAUCAGUGUCCUUAUUGUCCAAAAUCUUGUGAAAGGAAGGAUAAUCUACAGGCUCAUAUUCGUACACAUACAGGAGAACGACCCUAUCCGUGCCGUUACUGUCCGAAAGCGUUUCCUCAGAAAGACCAUUUACGAGCUCAUAUUCGUACACACACAGGUGAAAAACCCUACAGAUGCCCACAAUGUUUAAAGGCCUUUGCUCAGUUGGGUAAUCUUCAUCGACACGUUAAAACGCAUCGUCGAUAAACUUUACUUAUAAGGUGCAUUUUGUCAACAAUUACAGGCAAUAUUUUCAACUUCAUACUACAGCAUAUUCAAUCAGUUAUGCGUAUAUAAAUGAAUAAAGGCAUUUAAAUUUCUUUUGUUUUGUUAUGACUUCCAAUUAUUCAUAACUUGUAUUAUUAUACCUUUUAUUUAUUGAUUUAUUUGUCUUGUAAUUUGUAAUUUAUUUAUUUUUCUUAACUUUUCACCAUAUUACUACUUUAUGCUUAUUUUCUAUUCAUUCUUUGUUUGUUAUUAGGAAAGGGUAAGUUAGCUGUGGGAUUGAAGUAAACCUUGUAUUGAUUGUUGUUUAUCUUUUUGUCAGAGAGAAACAAUUGAACACUUCUAUCACUAAAUAUACAUUACAUAUAUUUGUAUAAUAUUAAAUUUCAUAUACUAAUACUUUCAGUAUGCUCAAAAAUGUUCUCAUCUCUAUUUUAAGCUUCUGUGAAUGGAUUGUUAGUUCAUGAAGGUUUAAUAUUUUCAGUCUCGUAAGUCUAAUUUCCUCCGUUUUCAUGUUUAUAAUUAUAAUUUACACGUUCAUUCAUUCAUUUGUUCCUUAUACCUUAUCAUCAAAACUCUACUUGUUUAAAAAAGGUAUUACGUAAUUUCUAGGCUCCAUUUCAAACCAUAUUCCUUGUAGAUUGUAUUGUACUAUAUUUAUCUGAUGAAUUCCGUUCUUCUUUACUACUUAUUUACCGUAUCUGCUUAUUCUUGUAUCUGUGAAUGUUUAUCUAUGUGUUGACAAAUGCGAUAAUUAGUAUUUUUGACAGAUGAUGGGCUGUGAUGGAUAUACCUUUAUUUAUGAUAUAUUUAACCUCUGUGUUAAUUCCCACCCAAUUUUCAUUCAUUCUCUUUAUUCAAAAUCUGUAUACAUUCUUUCCUACGUGCUUUUUACCUCAAUUCAAGUUAUUUGAUGCAUGAAGAACAUACGUGUUUUUUUUUAAUAUUUAUAUGUAAAUCACCUUUUGAACAAAGAAAAGUGUUAAUGCAAAGCCUACUACACUCUGCAAUAUAUAUAUAUAUAU